UUCUAACUAAGUACACUUUAUCAAGAUAACUGCCAUGAAGGCUGCGGAAGUCAACAACAGAAAAAACCGAUGAAAUAAAAGAAGAGAGUGACAGAAGUUGUAAAUGGAUCGAGUUGUGUUUUUUUGCCAACAAGUAAAACCGCAGAAAUAUCACCAGAUUUAAUAUCUAAUCAUCAUUUUUGGUCCUUCGAAAGCCGGAUCUGCGGACUAUUCCAUCGAUCUAUUUUAAUUUAACCACGCAUCACCAUUUAUCUUUUCAAGAAUGCCACCGAAGAAAGCGAUGCCAUCCAAGGUGGACAUGAUGCGCGUCACCUCGCAAAUACAUAACCUAGAAAGCUUCGUCCAAGCGUACACCAGCGAACAUGCCUCCCAAUGUGAAUCCCGGUUGGAAACCCUAGAAAAGUGCUGGAUAGCAUUUGAUAGCAUGCAAACAGUUCUAGAGGAUGGGGAAGAAGAUGAACAACAACUUACACGCCUGUUUAAAGAACGGAAUGAAAUGUACGAUCGUUACUGCUUCAUUAAGGGCCAUCUAACAUCAUGCAAAAUGGAAAUGAACAGCACAGUAAUUGAAAAUGAUUUGAACGCGAGCAUCCCUGUUGCUGCUUCCCCACACCUACACCUGCCGAAAAUAAGUUUACCGACAUUUGAUGGAAAAAUUACUGAAUGGCUCAGCUUCAAAGAUAGAUUCACAGCAAUGAUUGCAUCAUCUACCGAUAUUCCGGAUGUUAUGAAACUGGAGUACCUUCUAGCUUCGUUAAAGGGUGAUGUUUCUAAACGGUUUGAGUAUGUUGACAUUGCUGCCGAAAAUUAUUCAACCACUUGGAAAGCGUUGCUAGAUAGAUACGACAAUACCAGAGCACUAAAGCGUGAAUACUUUAAAGCCAUUUACUCCGUCGCACCUAUGAAAGAUAGUUCUAUAGAAGAAUUGCGUCGCGUAACCGAUGAAUUUGCUCGACUUACCCAAGGAGCAAGCAAAUUGAAAGAGCCUAUUAACCAUUGGGAUACGCCGCUUGCCAAUUUGUUGCUUUACAAACUUGAUCCAAACAGCGUCUUAGCUUGGGAACAAUUCUCUUCAAGUGAUGAUAAUGAUAGUUUCUCUAAACUCAUUGAUUUUUUACACUCAAGAAUCCGAAUUCUAGCCGCACCAGCCCAAGUUUCAUUGUCAUCGCCUAAACCAAGUACGUCGAAGGUGGCCGGUAAUAAACAAAGUAAGAGCUUGGCGAACGCCAGCGUAGCGUCCACAUCCAACCGUUGCCACGCCUGUGACCAAUCACACCUACUCUUCCAAUGCGAUGUUUUCAAAUCAAUGAAUGUUAGUGAACGUAGAAAGCUCGUCAACACGAAUAAAUUAUGUUUCAAUUGCUUUAGAAGUGGUCAUGCAGCAAGGGAAUGUAGAUCGCAUCAUAAAUGCUACAAAUGUAAACGCAACCACCAUACAUUACUCCAUUUAGAAGAGCUUACAACCAUAAAUGAAGAUACAUCCACAAAUGUACAAGUUGAUACGACUUCACAUAUUUGCACCAAUAAUUUAACCGUAUUACUACAAACUGCAGCAGUUAAUGUAAUAGAUGAUGCCGGAAACAGUUAUCAAGAAUUGGCCAGCGUGAAAGUAACAUCAACCGCGCUAUAG